UCGGUCUGCAAUUUCUUAAUUGGUUACAUAUUAAUCAGAGAGAGAGAGGAGGGAGGAAAUAGGAGAAAGGAACUGGUUUGAAAAGACUAAAUUGACCUUCUUCGUUUGAGAGAGGGCUUCUUCCCCAUCGAGUUCCCCUCUCUCUCUCCCCUAAUCUUACUGGUUCGGUCACCAUGAACGAGAAGGCCAACGUCACCAAGGAGCUUAACGCCAGGCACAGAAAGAUCACUUCCACGACUGGGUGAAUUGGAAGAAGCAGUGGCUUCACGUGCUAAAUGGAGCAAUACAUGUUUACGUAUUGGAAGGGCUGCUUAAAUUGCCAGAGAAUAGGGAAUGUGCCGACUGCAAAGCUAAGGGUCCAAGAUGGGCUAGUGUGAAUUUGGGCAUCUUUAUAUGUAUGCAGUGUUCUGGGAUCCACAGGAGCCUUGGGGUACACAUAUCGAAGGUGCGGUCUGCAACACUGGACACAUGGCUUCCAGAACAGGUUGCAUUUAUCCAAUCAAUGGGGAAUGAGAAGGCAAAUUCUUUCUGGGAAGCAGAGCUACCUCCAAAUUAUGAUAGAGUGGGGAUUGAGAACUUUAUACGUGCAAAGUAUGAAGAAAAAAGAUGGGUUGCCAGAGAUGGAAAGCCAAAAUCACCUUCUAGAGAACAAGAAGAAAAGGCUACAAUGCAUUGGCCAAAACCUUCGGAGAGAGUUGGUCAUCGAUAUACAAGCAGUUCUGAAAGAUUAUCUGACGAGAGGAAGAACAUUCAACCGCCCACUAGAAAAGAAAAUGCUCCAGGGACAAGAGUGAGCGUUCCUGUUCCUCCUAGAGGACCUGAACAAGUCACUCCCGUCCCAAAAGCACAAGAUGUUCAAAAAGUAGAACCAGCUGUACGACAGCCUGAACCAACAAAGCAGGCUCCUAAUAGUACUCCCGCCGCCACCCCUCUUCCUAUUGUCACUCCAAAAGUUGAUUAUGCUACUGACCUUUUCAACAUGCUAUCUAUGGAUGGUCCAAACGAAAAUGGCCCAGAAACAGCAUCAACUGAUGAUAAUGCUUGGGCAGGUUUCCAAUCUGCUGCUCAAGAACCAUCAACAGCAGAGAAAAUUGCACAACAAAAACCAGUUGAGAGCAAUAACAAGGCCAACUCAGGAUUUGAGGAUCUAUUUAAAGAUACACCUGUAUUAACACCUGUUUCUGAGAAACCCAAAGACGUGAAAAAUGACAUCAUGAGUCUUUUCGAGAAGUCAAAUAUGGUCUCGCCAUUUGCUAUGCAUCAACAGCAACUUGCAAUGCUGGCUCAGCAGCAGUCACUUCUAAUGGCUGCUGCUAAAGGUGACCCCAAAUUUCCUGCCAACACACAACCAUUGCCAAAUGGUACCAAUGUACCCAUUCAAAGUUGGCCCAAUAUGGGCUACCAAAUUCCUGGAAUGAUGCUUCCAAUGCCUGGGCUAGGUGAACAGAAAGUUACACAGGCAGUGAACUUGGGACAGUCACAUUUAGUUGGGAGCUCUGUUCCAUAUGCAACGUCCAGUUUUUAUGCUAUGGGACAAGCUACCCCAGUUAAUGGUGCAGCAAGUGCUGGAGCUAGCAAAACUCAAUCACCAUCACCAAUAUCAUCUGCAUCUUCAACACAAACCGGGAAAGAUUAUGAUUUUUCGUCAUUAACACAAGGUUUCUUCUCUAAACAAUGAUUAGGCUUUUGGGAGGCGAAAAUGCAGGGAUUGGCUUACCUAUACAGAAAUAGUCGAGUUACAGAAAGAUAGCAUUUAUUUUCUUUCUCUUUGGUUGUUACUGUCUUUUUCUUCACAUUUUUACUGUCACUGGUAUUGUAAACUAUUUGUAGAGGCAGUGCCAGUUUUUGGCAUUUUCAUAUUUGGUUGAUUUCAUCAUUUGUACGAGUAGGUUUUUCUGAAUUAAUAAGACCAAUUACUAUUUGUUUUGAA